UAACGGUUGGAGGAGGGAGGGGGGGAAUGAAAUGCAACGAGAAACGUAUGUCAUUCUCCUCCGUUUGUAGAGAUGAAUUGUUGAUAGGAAGAUGAUAGGAUGGAUCAAACAGCUUCGAAUCACAUUCGGUGCAUCCUUUCUUUGGCUCGUCUGCUUAAUUUACUUUACCCAGGGGUUUAGAUCUUUUGUAUGGACAGCAAUUUCCUACCAGCUAAAAUACAGAUUAAAGCUACCAUCCUCUGCUUCUCAGUUUGUAACAUCCAUAUCAUUUGUUCCAUGGAGCAUAAAACCAAUAUACGGGAUAAUAUCAGACUGUAUCCCAAUCAGAGGAAGAAAAAGGAUUCCUUAUUUAGUCAUCGCGACACUGUUCUCCCUCUUUCCAUGGGUAAUUCUAGGAUCUGUGGAAUCCGUUAGUAAUUCCAAACAUCAACUCACGAUUUUCUUAUUAUUGCAAAAUACGGGCUCGGCAAUGGCAGAUGUCGUAAUUGAUGCAAUGAUUGCAGAGGCAGCUAGGCAUGAAAAGGCUACAUUUUCUGGCGAUCUGCAAUCAUUAUCAUGGAUGACAAUGGCUCUAGGUGGAAUCUGCGGUAGUUUGUUCGGAGGAUAUGCUCUAAACAACAUUCAAAUGAACAAUAUAUUUCUACUUUUUUCUGUUCUGCCAACUAUACAACUGUUUUCAUGCGCUUUUGUGGCGGAUAGUUCUAUAAGCAGUUCACAAUUGCCCGAAUUUUCUACUUCUAUUAACUCUAUUGGUAUUCUGGAUGAAGCUAGAUUAUCACCACAAUCACCUCCUAAGCCUGGCACUUUGAUGAGAAAAAGAAGCCACAAAAGUAGCAAGAAAAUUUCGAUCAAUACAAGUAAAUAUCCGGAGACUGAAAAAGAUGAAUCUUUGCCAUCACAGUGGUUCCAAUCUUUUCAAAAAGCUGGUUAUACUUUGUUUAAAGUGUUUCAACGCCCAAUUAUCUUGAGACCGAUGGCUUGGUUUUUCCUAGCACAGGUGACGAUUCCGAAUCUCUCAAAAGUUAUGUUCUAUUACCAGACAGAAGUUCUGAAUCUAGAAGCUUCCUUUCUAGGGACAGCGUAUGUUAACGGGUGGAUAGGCCUCAUGUUUGGAACUUUUACGUACAACCGUUUUUUAAAGAAGGUGAAACUAAGAACUAUUCUCAUGUUUGCUCAUGUUACUCUGACACAGUUGACUCUUCUAGACUUAAUAUUGGUUUCUAGACUAAAUGUUUCACAUGGCAUAUCGGACAAAGUAAUGGUGUUGUUUGGCUCCGUUCUCUCAGAUGCGGUCCAGCAGUUCAAGUUCAUGCCUUUCCUGAUCCUAUCUGGACAAUUAUGCCCACCUGGUAUAGAAGGGACUCUAUUUGCACUCUACAUGUCAAUUAACAACUUUGGGUCCGCAAUGAGUUCAUUUGUUGGUGAUACUUUGGCUUCUUUUUUGAAUAUUUCUUCGGGUUCUUUUGAUAAUCUUAGUUUAGGGAUCGCGAUUCAAGUCGUGUGCACACUUGUACCUCUUAUUUUCUUGUUUUUGAUACCAAAAGAUGCUACAGGUAUAUCAAUAUAAUUCAUAUAUAUACACGCA